UGUGACUUUUGAACAGGAAGUUUCCGUGUCAUCUGUAGCAGGAGCAUUUUCACGGGUCCUUGAAAGUCCUGCUGUGUCUGUGUGGUCCUGGUGAAAAUGUCCGCGAUAAUUCCUCGUAUCGAGCAGCUGUCAUCGAGGGUUGUUCGUGUUUUGGGCUGUAACCCGGGGCCCAUGACACUGCAGGGCACCAACACGUACCUGGUCGGCACAGGCAAGAGGCGAGUGUUAAUUGAUGCAGGCGAGCGCUCGGUCCCGGAGUAUAUUGUCAACCUGCGCGAGGCUCUGAAGCAGCAGGAGACGUCCAUACAGCACAUUAUAGUCACACACUGGCAUCACGACCACACUGGAGGAGUGCCGGAUAUACUCACAAACUUCCACACAGAUUCAGAGCUGAAGGUCAGUAAACUCCCUCGGUGUCCUCCACAGGAAGAAGCGAUUGGAGACCAAAAGAAGAAAUAUUCAUAUCUUGGUGAUGGUGAUGUGAUAAAGGCUGAAGGGGCAACAUUACGGGUGCUGUUUACUCCCGGACACACAGAUGAUCACAUGGCAUUAUUCCUGGAGGAGGAGCAAGCUGUGUUUUCUGGUGACUGUAUUCUUGGAGAGGGAACGGCUGUGUUUGAGGACCUCCAUGAUUACAUGAAGUCACUGCAGAAGCUCCUCAGCGUGAAGGCUGACCUCAUAUAUCCAGGUCACGGUCCAGUGGUCCAAGAUGCUUCUUCUAAGAUAUGUGAGUAUAUAACUCACCGCAAUGCAAGAGAACAGCAGAUCCUAAACGUUCUGCAGGAGAACAACAGAACUGCGUUCACCUCCGGCGAACUGGUUAAAGUGGUGUACAAGGAGACCCCAGAACACCUGCACAGAGCUGCAGAGUUUAACUUGCUGCACCAUUUAAAGAAACUCCACAAGGAAGGAAAGAUCUGUCUGGCUGAAAGCUCAAAUGAAAAGAAAUGGAAGAUCAAUUUGUGACAGUUUUUUACCCCACACACUCAUCACCUACAGAGACUAAUAGGGCUGUCCCUGUGAAGUGAGAUGGACUUAAGGGGACACUGGGACUAGUCACUUUUUCAAAUGUUGACCUUCUGUGAAAACCUGCUCUGAUAGGAGGCUAUUUACAUUUAUUUAGCAGACCCAUUCUUCCAAAUUGCCUUAACAAAUGACCACGUUCGAAAACAAGAAUAAAUCAUGCAACACAAAACAAUUCAUAAACUGGAAAAAAUUUAACAACCCUUGUAAUCCAGUGAAAUUUAAUUGUUGUCCUGGAUGUAUACUAGCAUCUGAUGAAUGUAGCAUCAUAUAAAGACAAUGAUGAAGAUGAUAGUAUCGUCUAUCGCUGAUGCUGAUGCCUUCAACGAUAUCAAGAUGAUUAUUACCGGUAUUAUUUUUAUCAUCAUGCUCGUGAUGCUAUCGAAUUAAUAUAAGGCCUUAUUUUUUUCCAUCAUAUUUCUUUUUACGUGUUAGUGUUGCACAUUAUAACCAAUCAUGAUGAACCAAGAGUCAUUGCUGAAACACCUGAGUUUUGUUCAGUGUGCGUGUUUGCUGACUGAAUUCUGCUCUCUCGCAAAUUCUCUCAUCAUAAACAAUAAAGUGUAGCUGUACGUGUGCGAUGUAA